AUGGAGCACCAUUCGACGAUGGGACGGAUACGGGAGCUCAUUAACAAACCCAACGAGGAACAAGAAUACGAGCCCUUGGACGACGAUUCUUCAGAAUAUGAAGACGACGAUGUGCGCCGUGCGGUUCUCAUCGUGCCGGAUUAUGAGUAUACAGAGGAGCCGUUCUCGUGGUUUGAGUAUUGCAUAUUCUUCUUGCUGGGGAUAUCGAUGUUAUGGGCGUGGAACAUGUUUUUAGCAGCAGCGCCAUACUUCCAGGCUCGAUUCGCAGGCAACGACACGAUAUUAAACUCAUUCCAGUCCGCUAUUACCUCCGUUAGCUGCGUCACGAAUAUGUCCUCCAUGUUGAUCCUCGCCCAUAUACAGCACAAGGCCAACUAUCCGAAGCGGAUAUUGACGGCGCUCGUGCUGAAUUUGAUCGUGUUCACACUCCUCUGCCUAUCAACUCGAGUUCUUCGCGAUGUCAGCGCCGUUCCGUACUUCGCAUUUACCUUGAUAAUGGUUUUCAGCACAUCAAUAGCUACAGGCCUGGCGCAGAACGGAGGAUUCGCCUUUGCAUCGAGCUACGGAAGAAAAGAGUAUAUUAGUGCUAUUUUAACGGGCCAGGCGGUAGCCGGCGUGCUCCCCUCUGCUGCACAAAUUGUGUCAGUCCUUAUAUCACCAGCACCAGACAAAACGGCAGAUGAGCAAACAUCAGCGAAGCUUGAAGCAGCCGCUGCUACGGAUUCCGCUUUCGUGUAUUUUUUGACGGCGACCAUAAUCAGUGUUAUUACGAUCAUCACAGUAUUGCCUGUUAUCAGGAAAUACAGACAUACCUUGGAAUUCAAAAUGAUGUCUUCAAUGGCUAGUAUCGACGAAGCAGAACAAGCAGCUCGAAAGUCUGUUACAUUCAUGCAACUUUACAAGAAACUUUACUGGCUCACUGCCUCGGUAUUCUUGUGUUUUGCAAUUACAAUGUUCUUUCCAGUCUUCACACCCAAAGUCUUAUCAAUCAUCCCCGAGGACGAAGCACCUCGACUCUUCCAGCCAUCAGUAUAUAUCCCCUUGGCCUUCCUCGUAUGGAAUGUUGGAGAUUUAGUAGGCCGGAUAACUAUAACGAUCAAAUUUUUCGUGGUGCGAAAAGGACCGAUCCUUCUCGUCGCCGCCAUCCUCCGAGCGGGAUUCCUACCCCUCUAUCUCCUCUGCAAUAUUAGAGGCAAAGGCGCGGUCAUCAAGAGUGAUACUUUCUAUCUGUUCGGUGUGCAAUUCCUUUUCGGCGCCACGAAUGGAUGGCUGAGCAGUCUCUGUAUGACAGAAGCAGGCGAGAAAGUCACAGAAGGAGAACGUGAGGCAACUGGCGGAUUUAUGGCUCUCAAUCUUGUCGCGGGUUUAACAGUCGGAUCCUUACUGAGUUUUGCGGUUGGAAAUGUAUGA